AUGGUGAAGGAAGUGAUAGGCGGCCAGGUGCCCGAUUGGCAGAUUGCAGAGUUUAUGGAGACUCGCAAUGGCGAUGUCGAAGCGGGCGCGAUGUCUGGGUUUGCCGAGGGCUAUCAACGCGCUGUCCCGCAAGGAAUGGAUGUUGUGGAGGAAGAUGACGACGACGAAGAUAACGGAGUUGUGAUCCUCGACAGCUGGACUGCCAACUCGGUGAAACAAGAUCGUGAUGGGUGGCCCAAGUAUCUGGGCACGCUCGAGUAUGAGGUGGCCCUCAUCGGCAAUCGCCCACUGGCUGUCGGCUCGAACGUCAGCUUUGCCGUGCAAGAGGACAACUCUAUGGGCGCCCACCUCGUCGCAAGGCACCCGGACACUGGCGUCCGCGGAAUCAUCGAGCUGCUGGGGAUCGUGUCCAAGCGCCAAUACCUAGCAAUGGACGUGCUCUUCAAGCUAACCUCGCGAGAACGAUCUGCAGGCAGAGCGCGCAAAGCGGACAACUUGUUCCUCAAGAAGAAGCCCCUCACCCAACUGUUCGAGGCUCUGGAGUCUCAGGCGGAUCGUUUCGCGAACUCGAGCCGCCUGCUGUCUUUCGUGGGCAGCCAGAAGGACGGAUUGGCGUCGAUGCGGGACAGGGACAACGCUCCAUCGCCCGCCAAGACCGACGACGACAGCAACCCUCUCCCAUCCAUCUACGGCGCUUCUUCGCCCGACAGUGGGCUGCAGGAGUUGCCCACUCCGCCCGAGCUGACCUCCUCCCUACUGCCACAUCAGCGAAGGGGUCUGUGGUGGCUUGUGAAUAGAGAGAAAGAGGUCCUUGUGACCAAGGCCAAGAAGCCCGGCGUCGUCAUUGACUUGGACAGCAGCCACGAGGUGGUCGAUCUCUGCGACGACGACGACGGUGGCGGCGAGGAGGGUGACACAGCAUCGCUCACGACCACCACCACCGACGACUCUAUGGAGGGAGCAGAAGAAGGCCUUCAAACGAAGAGGCUCCCAGAGGAGAUUCACCCGAUGUGGAAGCCUGCCACGUUUCCCGACGGCACCAAGUUCUACUACAGCGACUACAACGAGGCCAUCAGGCACGUGCCGAGCCUUACGCCCCAUCGCGGAGGGAUACUGGCCGACGACCAAGGCCUGGGCAAGACCAUCCAGAGCUUGUCCCUGAUCUUGACGAACAAAGGGAGCAGCAGCACCGUGGGCAAGAAGGACGCCACCGGCCGCUACUCGUCCAAUGCCACGCUGAUCGUGGUGCCGUGGGCCGGCGAGGUGAAGAAGCACACCAAAGCCAAACUGUUGGACGUGCUUCUCCACCACGGGCCACAACGGUGGAAUGUGCCUGUCACUCGCCUGGCCCAAGCCGACAUCGUGAUCACCAGCUAUGCCACCUUGUCCAAGGAGCACGAACAGCAGCAGAGCGCUUCGGCCGAAGGGUCGGAGAAGCAAACCAAGAGGAAAAAGAAGAAGCCCAAGGCGGCCGUGAAGAAGCGGCCCAUCCAGCUCCUGUCCAUAAGGUGGCACAGAGUCAUACUCGACGAAGCCCAUUUGAUCCGCAGUCGCAACACGUUGAUGGCCAAGGGCACUUUCUCGCUGAUUGCCGAGCGCAGAUGGUGCUUGACCGGGACGCCCAUCCAGAACCAGCUGGACGACCUGUUCUCGCUCAUCCACUUCCUGCACGCGGAGCCAUUCGCCGAGUACCGCGUGUGGAAGAACGUGAUCGCCAAGCCCUACGAGCGCAACGACCCGCGAGCCGCGGAACAACUCAGGAACCUCUUGGGACACAUCCUCUUGCGUCGAACAAAAGCAGUCCUCUCCGCAGCCACUUCGUCGUCAUCGUCGUCGUCAUCAUCGUCGUCCAUGUUGAAGGAGGACGAAGAGGAAGCCAAGGGCGGUACGGAGUCGAGAAAGCGAAGGCGAACGACCGCAUCGUCCGACGAUGACGAUUACGAGGACGCUACAACGGAACUGGAGGAGGACGAAGACGAAGUGGAGGAAGACGAGGAGGAGGAAGACAAGCGAAGGGGCAAGCGCAAGCGUGUAGAGAAUCAGGACGACUUCGUUUUGCCUCCGCGAGUCGUGGAGACCGUGGCCCUCACAUUCAGUGAGGACGAGUCGGAUUUCUACAACGGCCUUUACCAACAGAGCAAAAUCAAGUUCGACAGUUUUGUGAAGUCGGGAACGGUGCUGCAAAACUACGCUACCGUGCUGGAGCUGCUGCUUCGUCUCCGACAGGCGUGCAACCACCCCUUUCUCGUACUCGAGUCGCUCAACAAGAGCCGCAAGAAGACGGCGCAGGACUUCGAGGCGUUCCUGGACUCCAAGUUCUUCGAGAACUCGGCCAGCUACUUCCAGACCCUCCGCACCAAGCUGCUCGCCACGGUCAACAAGACCAGGGAGGGCGAUGGCGACGAGGCCAAGAAGGAAGAAGACCUGAACGACGACAUCCCCGCCGCAUCAGAUGGCGAUGAAGAGCUCGGGUGUGCGAUCUGCCUGGCCGACACCGUCGCGCAGCCUUCGGUCACCCCGUGCGGCCACCUGUUCUGCCGGGAGUGCAUCGACGGCCUCUUCAUGGGCCGCCCGCAGCCGGGCGACGGACCCAAGCCCAAGAGCUCCCGCACCGCGCUGUGCCCCACGUGCCGGCGCGAGAUGACGUACGGCGAGGUGCGCCAUGUGCCGGUGCCGCAGGAGAUGAUCAACAUCAAGCCCGAAGAGCAGUGGAAGCCCUCCACCAAGUUCCAGGCCCUCGUCGACGACCUGAACCGCGUCGAAGAGGAGGACCCGCUGAUCAAGAGCGUCAUCUUUUCGCAGUGGACGUCGACGCUGGACCUCGUCGAGAUCGCCCUCAAGAAGGCCGGUUACGCGGCACAGUCCUCCGCUCGGUGGAAAGGCGCGCGGGCGCACAAUUCCUUCCUGCGGCUGGAUGGCUCCAUGUCGGCGCCGGAGCGCGAGAAGGUCAUCGCCACGUUUUACGCCGACCCGCAGGCCAAGGUCAUCCUCAUUUCCCUCAAGGCCGGAGGGCUGGGUCUCAACGUGACCUGCGCCUCGCACGUGUACCUGCUGGACCCGUGGUGGAACCCGAGCGCGGAGGAGCAGGCCAUCGACCGCGUCCACCGCAUCGGCCAGAAGCGACCCGUGCACGUCAAGAAAUUCGUCAUCCAGGCAAUGUGCGGAGGCGUCAGCGUCACGGUGGUGAACGGAACGGUGGAGGAGAAGAUCCUCCAACUGCAGGAGAAAAAGGCCUCGCUGGUCGCCGGCGCCUUGGCCUCGGCCGACGAGAAGAAGCAGGAGCGGCUCGAAACCAUCGUUUCUCUCUUCUCCGACUAG